GCCCCUUCUUCAUCGUCUUCUUCAUGUCCAGCCCACUACUCGCAGAGGUCGCAUAGUCCCCCAUUUUCAACUCCAUCGAAACCAACCUCGACGUUGGAGACUCAGUGUGACAGAAAUUAGGGACAAAUAGGGUUUCUCAACGAUGCUUCAUGGCUGACAUUUGCAGAGAUGUGCUGUGUUCUUGGGCAAUUUUCAUUCCAUUUUAAUUCAACCAACUUUUUUCCUCGCACAAAACCCUAGGGCACACCAAGCUGAGGGAACCAACUCUCUGGGCUCUCCAAUAACAGCCCUCCCAGCUUCCAAUUUCUUCACUCUCCUCGAAAUUCAGAAGUCUUUAAGAGGUUUCCUUUAGGACUGACAGAAGGAAGAAAGCAACCGUUUAAUUCAUUUCUUACCUUGAUUGACAUGCUUGGAAAGGUCAUUGCUGGUACCAUUAGCCUACAAUAAUUGGCAUUGUCCUUUCAUUAGCAGGUAAUGAUGCAGGAAUGCAUGGAUGCUGCUGAAGCUCUGCUUUCUUAGUAAAUGCUGAGGCUGAUUCCAUGGGAGGAGUUGUUGACGGUGGAGUUGGAAUUGGUUUAAAUACCUCUCCCCGCAGAGCAGCAAUUGAGAAAGCUCAAGCGGAGCUUAGACUAGAAUAUGAUGUUCGUGAGGAAAGGAGGAGGGAACUUGAAUUUCUUGAGAAAGGUGGAAAUCCUUUGGACUUUAAGUUUGGGAAUACCACUUCUGUUAGUCAGUCUACGUCACGUGCUGAUCAGCUUCCUGACCAGCUCGGUAAUAGUGAUGCUAAGGGUAGUUUUGUGUUGACUGCUUCACCUCAUGGGGACUCGGUUGAAAGUAGUGGUAUACCAGGACCCCCAUCUACUUGUGAACCUAAUAGUGCUGAUAAUCUUUUGCUCUUGCGUGGUGCUAAUGAGCUGUCUGGAGGGGAAAGGACCUCAAGACGCCCUAGUUCGAAAGCCUCCGUUGCUCCAUCUGAACAAUCAUCACAGUUGGAUGGGAGCCAAAAUAACAAGGAGACAGAGGAUUCUGCUAUUUUUCGCCCUUAUGCUAGAAGACACCGAUCUAGAUCAAAUAGAGAUGGUGGUAGAUCUAGUUCAUCUGAUAUAGUCAGGAGUCAUGGUGGUAAUACAUCGUAUUUAGCUACUCGUCAGGAACCACGGGAAUUUAAGGGGACUGUACCUGAAAUGUGCAAUGAAAAGAACCAGUCCCUUUCUAAUCCAAAGUCCUUAAGUUCUAAUGGUGACAACAUAUUAAAAAUGGUAACUAUUGAUGGUCGGUUGGAUAUGGAAUUGAAUGGUACGCAUGAUCCUGAUACAACUCCCGAUACAACUACAGCCACAACAAAUGGUAGUCCCCCUGAAAGUGAGUUUAACAAUUCAGCUUCGAGAUGCUUAAAGGACAAUUUACACAAGCAGCCAAGUCAAGUCAUUGCCCAACAAGCACGUGCGGGAGUGGGUUCUCAGGGACCUAAUGUUGUUGGAGAAGAAAGAGAGUUGGUUCCAGACGUUGUUGAACAGCCAACUUCUGUGGCCACACCCAAAGUAGAAAGUGAAAUUACAUCUGCUGGUGUACAUGGGUGUAAUGAAUUGACAAAAGAUAGUAAAAUGCCUAAUGGAGGUCAAAAUGGAAAUGUAGUAUUAGGGAAAAAGCAAUUAGGUUUGGUGUCUUCUAGCAACAAAAGUAAACUAGGUUUAGAUGUAAAUAUGGAUAUUGAUAUGUGUAAUAAUUCAAGGAAAGUUGAUUCAAAGAGAAAUUCUAUUGAGCAGUUGACGAGUUCUGAUCAAACAUCACAUCAGAUCAGUACUGAUGGGAUGUUGGAAAAGGAGGCCGUGGCUUCAGACAGUACUCCUGUUACUCACGAUGACCACAAUGUUAGUCACCAGAACAUCUCUAGCAAUGGUUCUGCCUCUAGAGAUGGAAGGGACAGCCAUACUAGUAGACCCAACUUACAUAAUGAGGUCAAUAUUGUACCUGAUGCCAAGGAAAUGGAACAGGGUGGCAAGAAUGAACAGGUAAUUGAUGAAAAGAAGAAUACUGUCUCAGGGGAAGAUUCUAAGGAAUGUAGAGAGAAUCUUUACUCAGAGCAACCUGAAGUCCCCCUGGAUUCGUCCAAAAAUGAGACUCGUGAGAAUACUAUGUCUGGUAGGAAUUCUUCUGCUUUAUCUGAUGUUCAGGGUUUUUCUGGUCGCGAGUCGAAACAGGCAGACAAGGCUUAUGAAGAUUCUAUUCUGGAGGAGGCAAGGAUAAUUGAGGCUAAGCAUAAGCGGAUUGCAGAACUAUCUGUUCAUACACAACCAUUAGAGAAUCGGCGAAAAUCUCAUUGGGAUUUUGUGCUAGAAGAAAUGGCAUGGUUGGCUAAUGAUUUUAUGCAGGAACGUAUUUGGAAGACAACUGCAGCUACUCAACUAUGUCGUCGUGCAGCUAUUGCUGCUCAGUUGAGAAAUGAAAAACAGAAGAACUGUGGGAAGAUAAAAGAAGUUUCCCACUCCUUGGCAAAGAUUGUAAUGCAGUUCUGGCACUCAGCUGAGGAGCCAAGCAAAGAGGUGGAGCUGCGACACCCAAAGAAUAGGGUAUCUACAUCUCUGAAGGAAUAUGCUCGGAGGUUUUUGAAAUGUAACAGUUCCCUUUGCCCUCAGCAUGCGGAAGCACCAAAAACCCCUGACAGGAUGUCUGACUCACUGCAUUUUGAAAUGCCAUCGGAGGAAAAGCUGAAAGAAGUAAGCCUCUUUUAUACAAUACCAAUUGGUGCAAUGGAUAUAUAUAGAAGAUCUGUUGAAGCUCUUCUGUUGCGGUGUGAGAAAAUUGGUAGUUGCAUGCAGGAAGAAGUUGAGACUUCAUUGUACGAUACUUUAGCAGAUAAUGCAUAUGAUGAGGAAGGAGAAGCAUGCAUGUAUUUUGAAAGUAGUAAGUCAUCCAAAUUUGUACAAAAGAAAAGAAAGCACUCCAUUAAAUCAUACACUGGGAGACAGUAUGAAAUGGGAACUGAUUUGCCAUAUGGACGCGGUGCAAAUGGGACUCAACAGUCUAUGUUAAUAGGAAAACGGCCUGCUAGUCUUAAUGUUGGUCCAAUACCAACAAAAAAAAUGCGUACUGCAUCAAGACAAAGGGUUGUUAGUCCAUUUAGUGGUGGAGCUGCCUUGGUUUUGCAUGGUCAAGCUAAGACAGAUGCUUCAAGUGGAGACACCAAUUCUUUCCAGGAUGAUCAAAGUACUUUACGUGGUGGAUCCCAACUCCAAAAGAGCAUGGAAGUUGAGUCAGUUGGGGAUGUGCAAUAUGAUUCUGCUGAAACAUCAGUGAAAUAUAAGAAGAAGAAGAAGGCAAAACAUCUGGGCUCCAUGUAUGAUCACAGAUGGCAGUUAGAUUCUACUGUUUUCAGUGAACAGAGGGAUAAUUCCAAAAAGAGAUUGGAUAAUCAUCAAUUUGAAUCUAAUGCAACUAGUGGUUUACAUGGGCAACAUAAUGCCAAGAAGCCAAAGUUAAUGAAACAAUCAAUUGAUAACACCUUCGACAAUAUAAAUCCAGUGUCUGGAUCCAUACCUUCUCCUGUUGCAUCCCAAGUCAGUAAUAUGUCAAACACUAAUAGAAUCAUUAGAUUGAUUGGUGGUCGGGAUAGGAGCCGAAAGGCUAAAGCAGUAAAGAUGUCUGAUGCACAGUCAGGUUCUGGAAGUCCAUGGUCACUAUUUGAAGACCAGGCACUUGUUGUGCUUGUACAUGAUUUGGGUCCAAACUGGGAACUUGUGAGUGAUGCCAUUAACAGCACGCUACAGUUUAAGUGUAUAUAUCGCAAGCCUAAAGAAUGCAAGGAACGUCAUAAGUUUGUUAUGGAUAAAAACUCUGGAGAUGGGGCUGAUAGUGGAGAAGAUUCAGGCUCGUCUCAGCCUUAUCCAUCUACAUUGCCAGGCAUUCCAAAGGGAAGUGCAAGACAGUUGUUUCAACGUUUACAGGAACCAAUGGAAGAGGACACCUUGAAGUCGCAUUUUGAAAAGAUCUUCAAGAUUGGGCAAAAGCAACAUUAUCGGAGAAGUCAGGAACCUAAGCAAAUAGUACAACCUCAUGGUUCUCAUGCUAUAGCUCUUUCUCAAGUUUUCCCGAACAACCUGAAUGGGGUGAUUUUAACGCCACUUGACCUAUGUGAAGAGGCGACUAGCAGUCCAGAUGUUCUUCCAGGUGGUUAUCAGAGCCCUCAUGCCAGUGGAUUGUCUAUAACAAAUCAGGGUUCUGUAGCAUCAGUUCUUCCUAACUCUGGGGUGAAGGCUUCCUUACAAGGGUCUUCUGCAAUGGUUCAAGGAACUAACUUAAGUGCUGCUUCUGGUUCACUCAACAACAUUAGAGACGGUAGAUAUAGUGUUCUGAGGACGUCAUUGCCGGUGGAUGAGCAGAAAAGAAUUCAACAAUAUAAUCAAAUGCCGUCUGGGAAAAAUGCUCAGCAAUCUCACUUAUCUGUACCUCUGACUCAUCCAGGAAAUGAGCGUGGGGUCAGAAUGUUACCUGGUGCAAAUGGUUUGGGCAUGAUGUGUACGGUGAACCGUUGCUUGCCUGUGUCAAGGCCAGGUUUCCAAGGAAUGGCCUCAUCACCUGUUUUGAAUACUGGGAGUUCGUCCAGUAUGGGAGGGAUGUCAGUCCCUGCGAAUAUACAUACUGGUGCUGGCUCUGGCCAAGGAAACUCAGCGUUGAAACCUCGUGAGGCAUUGCAUGUAAUGCGGCCUGGUCAAAAUACAGAGAAUCAAAGGCAGAUGAUGGUUCCAGAACUUCAGAUGCAAGUCACUGGGAACAACAAUAGGCCAUUAAAUGGUUCAAGUUCUGCCUUUCCGAAUCAGACAACACCGCCAUCUAUUCCUCCAUAUCCAGGCCAUCUCCAGUCGCAGCAUCAAAUGUCCCCACAACAGUCUCAUGCUCAUAACGGCCCUCAUCACCCACAUCUGCAAUCCCCAAAUCAUGCCAUAGGUCCACAGCAGCAGUAUGCAAUGAGGUUGGCUAAUGAAAGGAAGCUGCAUCAACAGAGGUUCUUGCAGCAGCAACAAUUGCAGCAAAAACAACAGCAGUUUUCUACAUCAAGUUCUCUAACACCACACGUCCCACCACAGCCCCAACUUCCCAUGACCUCUCUAAAUAGCCCACAGGUCCAUCUGCAAACUUCAUCGCCGCAGGUCUCUUUGCCCCCGCUAACCUCGUCGUCCCCAAUGACACCCACAUCAUCGCAACAUCAAAUGAAGCAUCAUCUCCCACCUCAUGGGUUGAGCCGGAACCCUGGGGCCAGUGGGUUGAACAAUCAGGCAGUGAAGCAAAGGCAACAAUCUGCCAGACACCAUCCUCAGCAGCGACAGCAGGUUCAGUCUCCACAGCAGGCUAAACUUAUGAAGGGAGUAGGAAGAGGAAGCAUGCUGGUGCAUCAAAAUCUCGCCGUUGAUGCUAAUAUUUUAAAUGGUCUGAAUGUACCUCCUGGUGAUCAACCCUCUGAAAAAGGGGAGCAGAUCAUGCAGCUGAUGCAAGGUCAAGGAUCAUAUUAUGGAUCUGGAGUGAACACAGUUCAACAUUCAAAACCAUUGGUUCCUCAGGCAUCAAAUCAUUCUCAGCUACAGAAGAAUCUUGUUUGUACUUCUGGGCCGCCUUCAUCAAAACCAGUUUUGCAGAUGCCAUCCCAUUCUGAGAAAAGCUCCCAAGGUCAGGUUCCACCUGUUUCCUCUUGUCACACAUUGUCAACUUCACAUCAGGACGCUCCUGCAUCAAUAAUAGCUCCAAACCACCCGCCUUCACAGCCACCUCAGAAGCAGGUGAAUCAAACACAAACAAGUUUUGAGAGAUCCCUUCAGCAGAGUUCUCAAGGUAUCUCUGAUCCAAGAAUGAAGGCUCAGACUGAUCUAGCUCAAGCUGACCAGCAACCACACAAGCAAGCUUCUCAGGUAGGUACGGAUAAAGCAAUGCCUCAAACAUCUGCCACUUCAACCGAUACAACACCAAUUACUUCUGUUUCUUCUCAGUGGAAACCAUCUGAACCUGCGUAUGAUUCUGAUGUGCUGAAGUCAAAAUCUCAGUUGGGGUUGAUUGGUAGUUCACCUCUAACAAACUUUCCUGGAGGUGAGCCACUACCUAACAACCUGGGAUUGGGCCCUAGGCAGUCCUCUCGUGCCUUGCCUUCUCAUGGACAUAAUGCUGGCCUACAGUGGCCACAGCAGGUUUCAUUGCAGCAAUCUCCAAAUCGAUUUACCCCAUCACAGCAGCAGGAAAAGCAGCAAGACCCCUCGUUGCCCCAACAUCAACAACCUCUGCAGCAGCAAGCUCAGCAUCAAUCACAGCACAAGCAAGCAGAGCAAGGUAGUUUGUAUUUGAAGCCUGAAAAUGCUAACAUGGAAUGAAGCAAUUCGGUGAGGGUAGUGCCGAGUCAUUUGUCCGACGGGGGUUCGGUCAGCAUGCACUCUGUAAAGGCAGUGUACAGAUGAAGCAGGUUAAUUAUUCAUGAUUGAGGACUUCGCAAGAGAGGAAGUGGUGGAACACGUUCUACUUCAUGAAUUAAAGUUUUCAUAUGGGGAUAAAUUGUCACUCUAUUCAUGAGACCCAUCCCUAGUGCAGUUCAGGCGUUGUCCCUUACCCUUCCCUUCUCGUUUUCCUGAGGUAAAAGUGAAGAUGGGAAGGAUGGUAUUUCUCCCUUGUGAUUUAUGUAUAUUACCACUGGCCUAGUUUUGGGAAGAUAGAGACAGAUGUAGAGGUACGUGUACAGGGUCUUGUCUUUCCUUUCUUAUAAUUCUCUAUUUUUCUGUUGUCUUGAGGUUCUUCUUCAAGUCACCCGUCCUUUUAUUAGAGGGUCUGAUUCCUUUUGGAGUUCAUAGAUUAGUGCAUGUAUUGACAUUAAUAACGAUUAAGAGGGUAGAAAUCAUUUCUGAGGGCAAAUGCUCCUUGGAAAAUUUUGUGAAUAUUAGGUUUCUGGCGUCUGCAUUGUCAGUGCCUUUUAAACUAACCAUCUAUCAGUGCAUUGUGCACCUGUAGAAGUAUUGUAUUAUGUAAUGGUGUACCCAAUUUUAUAAUGCAACAAGCUUCAGUUCCGAUCCAUUUA